GAGAGAGAGAGAGACGCAUAUAAAUAUGGCACACUGGGAGACAGUUUCAUCAUCCAUCUAUUAGUUCACCAACGCACAAAAAACGAACAGAGAGAGCUUCAGCUAGCAGAGAGAGGCAAAUAGUGAGAAUGGUUUCUCAAGUGUUCGAAUCAAUGAGAAAGAGGGCAGAAAUCUGUGUAGGUGAGAUAGAGUGUCAAAAGAGAGCCAUCCAGCUCCUUGAUGAGUUCAAUAUCCCCAGAGGACUCCUCCCUCUCGACAACAUAGUCGAGAUCGGGUUAGUCAGAUCUGAGGGCUUCAUAUGGAUCCGACAGAAGAAGAAGAAGGACCAUUAUUUUGAGCAAAUUGGUCGGAGUGUUUCUUUUGCUGCAGAAGUCACGGCAUUCAUUGAGCCUCGACGGAUGAAGAAGGUGACUGGAGUGAAGGCAAAGGAGCUCCUUCUCUGGAUUGGGGUUGCUGAGAUGUUGGUGGAUAACUCCAAUUGCGGGAAUGUCCAGUUUAAGACACACACUGGGAUUUCCCGAUCCUUCCCUGUAUCAGCAUUUUUGCUAUAAAUAAAUAAUUGUCGAAUACUUCAAUUA